AUGUGUGUGCUAAUUUCCAGCUUGCCUGCGUAUACACCAUCUCAAAAAAUUACAAUAGACGAAGGCAUGUGUAAAUUUCAAGGUCAUGUGUAUUUCAAACAGUACAUGCCACAAAAACCAAAUAAAUAUGUGACUCUGGUAAAGACAUUGCUUGCAAAUCUGUCAGGAAAAGGCUACACUCUGUUUACAGACAGAUUCUACACAAGUCCAAUACUUGCUUCAGAACUGGAAGCUGCAAAAUCUGCUCUUGUGGGAACAACAAGAAAAUCUCGUUGGGGAUUGCCUUGUGCUAUAAAAGAUCCGAACCUUCAGUGA